AUGAGCUACCACCGGCGCGACUACGGCGGGUCCUCCUCGCGCUACGCCAACGGCGGCGCCUUCUCCAUCCCGGACUCGGACUUCCAGCGGGACUCGACGCUCAAGCGCCGGCGCCAGCUGUCGCCGCCACGCCCCGUGCACCCGCAGCCGUCGCGCCGCGCCCCGCCGCCUCCGCCUGCUGCGGACGGGGCCAUCACCAUGCGCGCGCGGUCCAAGUCCAAGUCCCGCGCGCGCGUCAUGGCCCGCAAGACGCCGGGCCAGGAGUUCAUCGCGCUGGGCAGCAACCGCGUGGGCAGCGCCUCGACGCUCAACACGAACAAGGCCAGCUACUACCGGCCGCCCGUGGCCGAGUCCUACCAGCCCCCUCCUCCGCCGCCUGCUGCUGCAAGCAGUAGAGCGCGCUCUCGCUCGCCCAACGUGCGCGCGAGUCGGUGGGAUGCGGCUGCGCCUCAGGCUGCGGCCACGGGACGGCGCAACCCGUCGCCUAUUUCCACUCGCACGCGCUCCAAAUCCGUCACUAGGGAGAAGGAGGACACGGUCGCGGCCAUCCGACGCAGCCAGCGGGAGCGCUCCAAGUCGGCGGCGAGACGCAGCGGCGGCACGCCCUUGAUGUCGCGUAAGGAGGCGGCCUACAGCAGCAGCAACGGCCGAGACGUGGAGAGCAGCGAGUCCCGUCGCUCCGGGAAGAAGCGCGAGCGCUCCAAGUCCAAGACACGCGAGCGCUCCAAACCCUCGUCCUCACGCGGUAGGAAGUCGAGCCUGCAGGAGAUCGAGGACGCCAUUGCAGACACGGAGCGCGAGCUUCGGCCGAGGAAGAAGGAGCUCGAUGAGUUGCAGGAGCAGUUAGAGAAGCUGAAGAAGCGCUUCGAAGCUAAGGAGCUGGAGGUCUACGACCUUCAGGUCGAGCUCAAUGCGCUGCGAAUGCGUCGGGAGCGGCGUCUUCCCUCGCACCGGAGCGAGAGCAGCCGGAAAGAGAGUCGAGAAGAAAAGUCCUCGAGAAGAUCCAGGAGCACAAGCAAGCGACGUGAAAGUCGGCGGUCGAGUAGCCGCACGCGCGCCUCCAAGCGCCCGUGCAUCGUGGAUGAAGAAGACGAGGAUAGUGAUGAUGACGAGGUUGUUAUUAUGGAUCCUAGCGAGGUGAAGAAAGAGCUGGAGAGCAGUGCCACCACAGCGAAGAGCACGGUGGUGCCGGUUGAGGAAACGAUGCCCGACAACUUUUGGGGUCGCUCACACACACCCAAGCUGCUCGCAAAUCACCGCUUCCGCGCCAUCCCGGACGGCAGCAUUCGCAAGGGCCGCCACCUGGCGUUUAACCCGAUCCAGCCCCAGAUUUUCGCCACGAGUCCUGAUGAGGGUGGCCUUAUCCUGUGGAGUUACCAGCGCCAAGACCAAGACAUCGCAAAGGUGGUGACUCUGAUGCCAGCAUCUUUCCGCCGGGAGAAUCCCUGUGCGGAGGCCAUCUCGUGGAGUCCCGAUGGAAACCGCAUGGCUAUGGCGUUCCGGGAUCCUGUCGAUGGAAAGGGUGAGUUUUGCAUUGUGCAGCUCCAUCAGUUAAAACUCGAAGACAGCGAUACGCCGCAGCCGUUGCCGCGUGAUCGUCUUACCUCGAAACGCACUACCCUGCAUCAACGAGGUGUUUCUGCGAUCGACUGGCUGCCGACUGGGUUUGGACCGGAGACCACAAGCCGCCAAGUGAUUACAACCGGUAGCUCCGACCACGCCGUUGUGCUGUGGGAAGAACACGAAGAUGCCAGGAAGGGUGGACUGGACUUGAAGUGGAACGUGCUGCACCGCGACCACCGCAGUGAAGUCCGAUCGCUCUGCGUGCACUCGAAGCGCGACUGUUUGUACACGGGUGGCCUGGAUGGCCUAAUGAUUCGAUAUGAUCUGAACAAGGGCCGCGCCCAAACCGUUAUCGAGCGCCGCAAGCCGAACAUCUCCAAGAUCAACGCGGUGCUGGAGCACCCGCACAACCCGAACCUGCUUUUGGUCAGCUGUGUGGAGCAGAGCAACCACAACUUGUUGCUGCAUGAUCUCCGCCAGCGCUACGACCCCAACGGGAUGUCGCUGACGUGGCAGGGUGGUGCCAUGAGUCAGUACGUUGUGCCGAGGUGGUCGCCUGCAGGCUAUCACGUGUCGUGCGGCAGCAAGACGGGUGUGGUGAACAUCUGGGACGUGCGCAUGCGCGGCGAAAACUACCCUGCAGUGCUGCCGCAGCAGUCUCUUCGCGUCCACCACAAAACGGUUCUCCACGCGACUUGGCACCCACGCUACGACGCCAUGUUCAGCGUUUCGCACGACCGCACGCUGGGGUUGCUCACAUUCCGAUAA